AUGUCUCUGCGCGCUGAAGACGAAGAGACGCGAGUAAUAGACGGCGUCGCUGGCGGGGAUGUGCCCGCUGCAGAGACUUCAUGGCAUGUGGUCAAGAGAGGAAAGCGCGACCUUGACUUGCCCGGAGCGGGCUGUGGCACAGGGGGGUCCCGGCGCCCGCAAAUGAACGGCCAUGCUAGAGAGGCCGGCGGAAUCCCGCCCACGAAUCUGAUGGAUGGUGGUGAUGAGGCUGGGACAAAGAGCAUGACGAUGAUGCAGCUGAUGCAGACAAUGGCAAGACAGGACCCGCCCGACGCAACACAGACGCAACGCAGAUGCAAUACCUCUCUUGGCUACUUACGAUCGGCAUCGUCAAGAGAAAUCGGUCUCAGUUCGGCUGAUGUGGGUAUCGACGGAGCCAGGAGAGGGAGCCAGGCGCCAGGCAUCUUGUACUAUGUACCCAGGUGUACAUUGUUCAUGUGUGCUAUGCAUGUACCGACGUAG